GUCGCUCUUACACAAAUGAUUAUUGGAAAUCUUACGUACGAAGUUGGAUCUAUCAAAUUUGUCAGAAUUCCCUUUUCUUUACUCCAAAAUCGCUUUUGCAAAAGCUCCACCUCUGUUAACCGAAGUGACAGACUAUUUAAUGGGGAAAGAGAGUUGGGGGACCAAAUUUAUUUCCUUUUUCUUACUCAAAUUCGAGCCUUCUCUGUGCUUCGACACGAGGCCUUCCCAAAAACCCAUCUUCGGUUUUUCACUUCUGCAGAAUAUUCGGCUCAGAUCCUGACCGAUUCUUGAACUUAUCAUACAUGAUUCAUCGUACAAGAUUCAAAAAGGGUCGAACUUUAAUUAAAUUCCCACUGUUUUGAUCGCGGGUUGCUUCCGUAUUGGUGCAUUGUUAUUCUCGUAAGGAGGCUGAAGAGGGAAGAUGGUUUCUUUGCAUGAAAUUAAUGAAGAAAGAGGAGAGCAGGGGAGGAGGAGGAGCAGAGGCGCAGAUAAUGCGAAUAAUACCUACAGGGCUAAAGGUGCUGGAGUGGUCGCAGAGGAUGAUACUACAAUUGAUACUUCCAGUAGCAGUAAUACGGAGAAGAUGAGGAAAUUUCUGUUGGGAAUUGGUUUUUGGGUGCAGGGUUUGCGGUGUUUUCCAUGGCUUGGGGUGAAUUUCUUUCUAAAAGAUGGGCUUAGAGUAGACCCUUCUACUUUGCAAAUUCUUCAGAGUUCUGCUAACUUGCCUAUGGUGGCCAAGCCUUUUCUUGGGAUUAUUUCAGAUUCGUGUUUCAUAUUCGGGCAGCAUCGAAUUCCUUAUAUUGCCAUUGGAGCUAUACUACAAGCAGUUUCUUGGCUGGCUAUAGCUAUUAUGUCCGGAUCAGGUAUCUCAUUCUUCGCAGUAACCUUUUAUCUUCUCCUCAGCAAUUUUGGUGCUUCCAUUGCGGAGGUUGCCAACGAUGCCAUUGUAGCUGAAACAAGUAAAGAGCCUGCAUCCUCCAAGACCUCUAAAGCACCCUCAUCUGGGAAUCUUCAGUCAUUUGUCUGGAUUGCAUCUUCUACUGGUGGAGUCCUUGGAAAUCUUGUAGGUGGUGUUGCUAUCGACAGAUUUUCCUCUCGAGCAAUAUUCUUUACUUUCGGUGUUGUUGCUGUGAUUCAGUUCCUUAUAACAAUGUGCAUCCACGAGCGGUCUCUCAAGCUUCCCAAGAGUUCAUCUGGUGCUGGUUUUCGCAAACAAUUUUCGGAGCUCCUUGCUGCAUUACGAAAACCUGAAAUCUCAUACUCAAUAGCUUGGUUUGCAGCAACUUUUGCUGUAGUCCCAUCUCUGAUAGGCACUAUGUUCUUCUAUCAAACAGAACAUCUAAAGAUUGAAUCAUCCAUUUUGGGGAUCUCUAAGGUCAUUGGUCAAGCUGCGAUGCUGCUCUGGGGUGUCAUCUACGAACGGUACUUAAAAUCUGUACCCGCAAGAAAGGUUAUCACAUCCAUCCAGAUUAGCAUGGCUAUUCUGAUGCUAUCAGACAUCUUAUUUGUGAAGGGCUUCUAUAGAGCAUUGGGUUUCCCGGAUUCUCUCUAUGUGAUGAUUUUCUCUGGUGUACUUGAGGUGAUGAUGUUUACCAAGAUUCUUCCUUUCACUGUGUUAUUAGCUCAACUUUGUCCACCAGGAUGUGAAGGAUCUGUAAUGGCAUUCCUCAUGUCCUCUGUUGCUCUUGCCAUGGUAGUUAGUGGAUUCUUUGGAGUUGCGCUUGCAUCCUAUUUUGGAGUUACUGGAAACAACUUCUCGGGUUUCCCAAUGGCCCUUUUGUUACAAGCGGCAUGCACGGUUUCGCCACUUUACUGGUCAUACUAUGUUCCUGAUACUGUGAAGUCCAAGACAAAUGGUAAAGAAAACUGAGCAACUGCUGCAGCAGCAGCUGCGUGUAGAACUGGGAAAUCAUCGGCAACAUACAUUGUUAAUAGAAAGCCUAUUAUAUUAGUCCACAAUUUGUUUUCAGAUCAAUCAGAUUAGUCAUGAUUUUUGUCUUUAGGCGAUUGUAACUGAUGGUUUUGUGUAUAUUUAUUUUGGCAAUCUUCAAUAAUGAGAGUAUUUUGUUGAUGUUCUCUUUCUUUUGAGUACUACAUUUUUGUAAUUGGGUUUCACAGUACAAUCACAUCAGUGUUUUCUCUGCAAAAUACUGAAACCUUA